UACUACUACGUAGUACUAGGUAGAUGCCUCAUCUUCGAAGGAACGACCCUGCGGCAACUCCCUUCAUACAUUGAGCGGCGUCCUAUCAAAAUGAAUCAGAUGGCCUAUAUAAAGUCCCUGCAUCUCACUAUCUCAUUACUGCCUCUGAUGCCAGCUCUCCGCCUGCGUUCAUCAAUCUUCGCAGCCCAAGGCUAGUCGACCAUCCACUGGAAUAUACCGCGGCUUCCUUUGCUCUCCAAAAUAGGCAGUAUGGCGGCAGAAUUUUCAGCUCUUGCUCAGUCUUGUCUUAGUCUAUGGGGUAAGCUCGUGUCAUCCGGAGAUCUUGCGGCAUUUAGCCAUGAAGUACCUCAUUCCUUUUGGGAAGAUGGACUUGGUCGAAUGAGUGUCUGCAUAUCGGAUAUUGGAGCUCAUCCAAUUUGGCAGCCAUCUCUCCAUUCCAGAUUACGCGACGCGUCACAUAUCAAAUACGAGGUAAAACGGCACCUACUGCGAUUAAAAUGGAUCCAUGAUUGCCUGCAAAAUGAACUGUUCGACCUUAGCGAUGAAGAAAGUGAGAAUGGGGGCGAGAAAAUGACCGACGAGACAAUGGAGACUUAUAUUCAAGGGCUCUAUUACUGCCUACAUGACACGAUCGAUUCACUCUACCAGUUGAUCAGGUCAGUUCGCCUGCCGGCGUGUCAUAAUAUCUUCACGCGGGUUAAGAGAGCCGAUGCAGCCCACUUCGAGUACUACGAUCGACGACACGUCCAGAGCAAAUAUCCUAACAUUUCACAAGCUAUUUCUGAUCGCCUGGGGGAAGCAAUAUCUAUCCGUCGGGCUGUUUUGCAGUAUUACGAACGUCUUCACACAGAGAUCAGUGUCAUAUCAGAUGCAGUCUCCAUUAGAACCCUGUCCGAAGCAACGACGAUCAAACUUAACCAAGAGCCUACCGAAACUCUUGAAGUUGAUGCACAGUCUAUGAUGCCUCAGACUUUGUGUUCGGAGUCCGUGGUUCAAGGAGGUAGUGGGUCAGCUAUUCCAUUGCCCCCUGCUGGAUCGACCUACGGGGCCCCAUUUACGUGUCCCUAUUGCUUCUUUAUCGUGAAUGUUAAAGACCAAAACGAGUGGAUCGAACACAUAUUCAGUGACUUGAAGCCAUAUGUUUGCGUUCUCCCUGACUGUCAAACACCCAAUCAUCUAUACGAGUGUCGCCGAGAAUGGUAUGCUCACAUGCAUGAUGAGCACAUGACAAGCUUGAGUGUUGGCGAGGUUUCCAAAUGCCUGCUUUGUGGGUGUGAGGUGACUCCAGGGGAGGUGCUAGAGGAACACCUUGCCAAACACUUGGAAGAGCUGGCGUUAUUUGCGCUACCACGGGCUAAUGUGACCGACGAAGAGAUAUCAAGAGAUAAUCUACCUGUUAUUAACGUAUUGCGAGGAAUCGAAAGACUUAGCGUUACAACUCGAGUCUCAGACGCCAUGGCUUACUCCUGAGAACGGGUCAAAUUGGCAAUUCUAG